AGAACCUCCAAUGAUCACCACCUACCAGAAUCUUCAGGAACUGAUGGACAAUGCUAGAAACUCUACAAUUAGUUCUCUUAAGUUGGAUUGGGCAGAGUACCUCAAGGUGCUGACAAAGGGCAUGAAUGUAACCACAGACAUCAAAUCUGCUGUGGCAGUUCAAAGUCCAUCGUACUUUGAAGCCCUGUCUAGCAGAUUGUCUAGCUCUAGGCCAGAGACUAUACAGAGAUUUGUUUGGUGGAAAGUUGUUGAAUCUUUGUCACCUCACACAACUACCGCCAUGAGAAGGAUCAGGGACAACUUCAUGGAAGUCUUGUUUGGUCCUUCUAUCAGAUAUACAAGAGUUAAGAGAUGUGGAAAAAUCACAAAGUCUUUCUUCAACUAUGCGAUUAGUCAUGUUAUUGCUUCUCAAAACCGUUUGGAAGAAUCUACAAAGAAGGUCCAAGAUAUGUUGAGGGACAUAACUACAGCGUUCAGUGGUAUGGUGAGAGCUCUAGACUGGAUGGAUCACCGAACUAAAGCCGCAACUCUGGGCAAAGCCGCGGCCAUCAGAAAGUACGUUGGCUACCCUGAUUGGUUAAUGAACGUGACGGAACUGGAAAACCUUUACUCAAACUUGAACAUCACCAAGAGCAAGUUUCUCUGGAACAUGUUGUCCAUCAAGGCUAGUGAGGUGACGGAAGUUCUCAAUACGCUGGGAACAACUCCUCCCAACUCCACUGAGUUUAGAUGGGACAGUGAUCCUUUAGAAGUGAAUGCUUAUUACAGCAGAACAAUUAAUGCAAUAGCGAUUCCUGCCGGUAUUUUACAAAUUCCAUUUUACUUCUUGGGCAUAGAGGCCCUGAACUAUGGAGCGAUUGGAAGCAUUCUUGGACAUGAGCUAACCCACGGUUUUGAUAUUGAAGGGAAAGACUAUGACGAGACUGGGCAGAAAGCGUCCUGGUGGGACAGUAAAGUCUCGGACAUCUACAGUCAGAAGGCGGAGUGUUUUGUGGACCAGUACAGCAAGUUUUCCUUCCACAACUCUGAUCAGCUCAAGGUGAAUGGAACACUUACCCUGGCUGAAAACAUCGCUGACAACGGGGGAAUCCGCGAGGCUAUCCAAGGAUACAGACUGUACACGGCUCGUAAUGGACAAGAGCCUUACUUACCUGGACUUCAGCACUACUCUCAUGAGCAGCUGCUCUUCCUGGCUUUUGCUAAUGUGUGGUGUGAGGAGACGACGCCGCAGUUUGAGGCGAUGAGUCUUACGGAUUCUCAUAGCCCCAACAAGUUCCGAGUGCUCGGCAGUCUCUCUAACUCCCCCGAGUUCUCCAGUGUUUGGGGCUGUAAGACUGGAGCUCGCAUGAACCCGAGCCAUAAAUGUAUACUGUGGUGA